AUGGGUUCUCAAUUUUAUCCAGGAUGUUCAUAUGUCUUUGAUAUAUCGUUUUAUACGUGGAGCUAUGGCGAGUCGGAAUGUGGGCAAUUUUUCGCUGAUUUUGAAUUCUAUUUCCAUAUCGCUCUAUUAAUUAUUGUUGUCGCUAUCGAUAUUAUGACAUUUCGUAAAUUGUUAGCCAAAAAGGUUGAUCAUUUUAUCAGUUCACUACAAAAUAUUAAUGAGACGGAAAAAAGUAAGGAUUUCGAGCAUAGCGCAUUUAUGAAUACGGUGAAAAUCGGUUAG